UCAUAUAAUCAUCCAUCAUUCAGCUCCUUACUUAAGAUUACCUCACUGUGUUGUCUUACCAAGAUCUUCAACACAAAAGUUCAGCAUGUGAAGACCGAAUACUACAAAGUCUCCUCAGGGCCUCUCUCGCGAGGAAAAGAACUAACAGUAUUAGGAAGCACAAAGUCAAGACGAAAGUGUUCAUUCCUAAGGGAGCAUGGAUCCAAUUGUUUCUGCAACUACUGAGAGUGCACUGAAAAUUUUAGGACAUUUGGUCAAACGACAUUGGGGCUACAUUUUUAAUUACAAAAGCAAAUUUGAAAAGUUGAAAUCUUACGUUGAGUACCUGGAAGAUAAUAGGGAGAGGCUACAACAUGAUGUUGAUAAAGCACUAGAAAACGCAAAAGAAAUUGAAAAUGACGUUCAACGUUGCUUAAAGCUUAUGGAUGAGAAGAUAAAAGAAUAUAGAAGUUAUAUUAAUGAUGAAUGUCAUGAAAAGAAAAUAUGCUCAACUGGUUUCCUUCCAAAUAACUUCCAUUUGAGGUAUCAGCUUGGUAGAAAAGCUACGAAGAUGGUCGAGGAAAUCAUAGAAGAUGGACUUUGGAAAAAGAAAUUUGACAAAGUUUCGUAUCAAGAAUACCCAUCCCCUGAUUAUGCUUUUUCAAACAGUGGUUAUGUGAGCUUCGCAUCUAGAACUAGAACUUUGGAGACGAUUAUGAAAGCACUGGAAAACUCAACAGUUGAUAUGGUUGGAGUUUAUGGGCAUUCUGGUAUGGGUAAAACCUUUUUGGUUAAAGAAAUUGCUAAGAAAGCUCGAGAAAAGUUGUUCAAGAUAGUGAUUAUAGCAAAUAUUACAGAAAAUCCUGACUUCGAAAAAAUUCAAGGACAGAUUGCUGACAUGCUGGGAAUGACAUUGGAAGAGAAAAGUGAGAUUGGUAGAGCAAAUCGAAUUCGAAAGAGGUUAAAGAAAGAAAAAAAGAACACCCUUAUUAUCCUUGAUGAUCUCUGGGAUGGAUUAGACUUGAAUAGAAUUGGUAUUCCAUGUGAUGAUGAUGAUCAAGAUGAUGCAAGCCGACAGGAUGUCAGUCACAUAUCUAACGAUUUUGGUUACGGUAACACAGAAAAUAGUGAGUGGUCAAAAGUUGAUUUGAAUAAGAUGAAAAAGGAAAAGUCAUCCAAGAGUUACAAAGGAGGCAAAAUUCUUCUAACAUCUAGAAAGAAAGAAGUAUUAUGUGAUCAAAUGGAUGUGCAACAGAGCUCUACUUUUAGGGUGGAAGGCCUUGAUGAAAAGGAGGCACAGACUUUGCUAAAGAAAGUUGCUGAUGUAAAAAAUUCUGAUUUUGAUAGCAAUGCUAUUGAAAUUGCAAAGUGGAGUGGUGGAAUUCCGAUAGCGUUAGUUUCAAUAGGAAGGACACUAAAGAAUAAAAGCUUAUCCACUUGGGAAGACAUUUGCAAACAAAUUAAAAGACAAAGUUCUACCGAAGAAUGGGGAUUUACAGACUUCUCAAUAAAGUUGAGCUAUAAUCAACUGAAAACUGAGCAGCUAAAAUGUGUGUUCUUACACUGUGCAAGAAUGGGAAAUGAUGCUUUGAUUAUGGAUUUGGUCAAAUUUUGCAUUGGUUUGAAUUUGCUUCAAGGAGUCCACACAAUUACAGAUGCAAGGAAAAGUGUACAAAGGAUGAUAAAAGAACUAGAAGAAUCGAGUUUGUUGGUGAGAAGUUAUUCUAGUGAUCGCUUCAACAUGCAUGACAUUGUGCGAGGUAUUGCUCUUUCGAUAUCAUCCAAAGAAAAACAAGUGCUUUUUAUGAAAAAUGACAUACUUGACGAGUGGCCUCAUGAAGAUGACUUUGAAAGGUACACUGCCAUUUUUUUACACUCUUGUGACAUCAAAUAUGAGUUUCCUAAGAGUAUAUCUUGUCCUCGAGUUGAAGUCUUACACAUUGACAAUAACACUGAAUCUUUUGAAAUACCAGAUGACCUUUUUAAAUUUAUGAUUCGACUCAAAGUAUUGGUAUUGACUGGUGUUAAUCUGUCUUGCUUACCUUCAUCAAUUAAAUGCCUGAAAAAACUAAGAAUGCUUUGUUUGGAGAGAUGCACUCUUGAAAAGAACCUAUCGAUCAUUGGGGAGUUAAAGAACUUACGAAUUCUUAGUCUUUCAGGAUCUAAUAUUGAAAGUUUGCCUCUUGAAUUUGGGCAACUGGAUAAGCUUCAGCUUUUCGACAUAAGCAAUUGUCCAAAUCUAAGAAAAAUAACUUCCAAUAUUAUAGCAAGGAUGAACAUUUUAGAGGAAUUUUACAUUAGAGACAAUUUGAUUCUAUGGGAGGCUGAAGAAAAUAUGAAAAGUGAAAAUGCUAGUCUCUCUGAGUUGAGGCACUUGAAUCACUUGCAAAAUCUAGAAAUACAUAUACAAAGUUUUGCCCAUUUUCCGCAAAACUUAUUUUUGGAUAAGUUGAAUAGUUACAAGAUUGUCAUUGGUGAAUUCAACUUACUUAACUUGCUUACAGUGGGAAAAUUCAAAAUCCCAGAGAAGUAUGAAGAGGUGAAAUUUUUGGCAUUGAACCUAAAUGAAAACGUCGAUAUUCAUUCAAAAAAAUGGGUUAAAAUGUUUUUCAAAAGUGUUGAAUGUUUGCUGCUAGGAGAACUUAAUGAUGUUCAAGAUAUUUUCUUUGAAUUAAAUGUGGAAGGAUUUCCAAAUUUGAAACAUUUAUCCAUUGUAAACAAUUUUGGCAUUAAUUAUGUUAUCAACCCAAUGGAGCGAUUUCACCCUUUGCUGGCCUUUCCCAAAUUGGAGUCCAUAUGGCUUUACAAACUGUACAAUUUGGAGAGAAUAUGUGACAAUGAGCUUGUGGAUGCCUCUUUUUGUAGUUUAAAAGUGAUCAAGAUUAAAACAUGUGCUAAAUUGGUAAACCUCUUCCCAUUUUGCAUGGUUAGACUCCUCACUGUGCUUGAAACAAUUGAAGUGUGUGAUUGUGAUUCUUUGAAGGAGAUAGUUUCCAAAGAAAGACAAACUCAAAAUGUUAGUGAUGACAAGAUUGAGUUUCCCCAGUUACGACAUUUGACAUUAAAGUCUUUACCAACAUUUACUUGUUUAUAUACCGUUGAUGAGAUGCUUGGUAGUGUACCAUUGUUGCAAGGCCAAAUACUACAACAUGAGACCACAAAUAUUGUCACUAACGCUGAGCAUGGGGUCACCAAUUCUUGCCUUCCACUCUUCAAUGAAAAGGUUUCAAUCCCUAAAUUAGAAUCGUUGGAGUUAUCCUCAAUCAAAAUUCAAAAGAUAUGGUGUGACCAAUAUGAUCAUAAUUUUCAAAACAUUGAAAAGAUAUGGUGUGACCAAUAUGACCAUAAUUUUCAAAAUUUGCUCACAUUGAACGUGACAGAUUGCGGUAAUUUAAAGUAUUUACUAUCAUUCUCUAUGGCUGAAAGAUUGGUUAAUCUUCAAAGCAUUUUUGUAAGUGAAUGUGAAAUGAUGGAGGAUAUAUUCCGUCAAGAAGAUGCAGAGUAUAUUGAUGUUUUUCCUAAGUUGACGAAAAUGGAAAUCAUCUGCAUGGGGAAACUUUCUACCAUUUGGAAAUUCGAUAUUGGUUUGCAUUCCUUUAAAAAUUUGAGCUCUUUGAUAAUCAGAGAGUGCCAUAAACUUGUUACAAUUUUUCCAAAUUAUAUGGGGCAAAGAUUGCAAAGCCUUCAAAGCUUGACAGUUACAAAUUGCAAGUUGGUUGAAAAUAUAUUUGAUCUUGCAAAUAUUCCCCACACUUGUGAUAUAAUUGAAACAAAUUUGGAAAAUAUAUUUCUAGAAGACCUGCCAAAUUUGGUGAAUGUAUGGAAGGGUGUCACCGGUGAAAUACUCAAAUGUAAUAAUUUGCAAAGCAUAAGAGUUGAUGAGAGUCCAAAAUUGAAAUAUCUCUUUCCAGUUUCUAUUUCCAAUGACCUAGAAAAACUAGAAGUCCUUGAGGUAUGGGAUUGUUGGGCAAUGAAAGAGAUUGUUUCUCUGGACAAACAUUCAAGUGAAAAUGCUAUCAGCUUUAAGUUUCCUCAUCUAAACACUGUAUCCUUGAUAGACUUGCAUGAAUUGAGGAGUUUCUACUCAGGAAUUCAUACUUUAGAGUGGCCACCCUUGAAGAAAUUGAAAAUAGUUGACUGUAGCAUGCUCGAAGGUUUCACUUCAGAAAUCACAAAUUCACAAGAACAACCAAUUGUUUUAGCUACAAAAAAGGUGAUAUAUAACUUGGAAUAUAUGUCGGUGAGCUUGAAGGAAGCAGAGUGGUUACAGAAAUACAUUGUUAAUAUUCACAGAAUGCACAAACUAGAAGAACUUACCUGCUAUAGAUUGAAGAAUAAUGAAAUUCUCUUUUGGUUUCUUCAUAGACUUCCCAAUUUGAAAAGUUUAACAUUGGGACUUUGUCACAUGAAAAGAAUUUGGAUUCCUGAAAGUCUUAGUUCACGUGAAAAAAUAGGUGGUGUUGUGGAGCUUAAAGAGUUAGAAUUGCGUAGCAUGUGGUCUCUAGAGGAUAUUGGCUUUGAGCAUGAUGUGCUUCUUCAAAGGAUAGAAUGCUUAAUCAUUCUACGAUGUAAAAAAUUGACAAAGCUAGCGUCAUCCUCAGUAUCUUUUAGUUACUUAACAUACUUAGAAGUGGUGAAUUGUAUGAUGAGGAAUUUAAUGACACUCUCAACCGCUAAAACCUUGGUUCAACUCACAACUAUGAAAGUAGGUUCAUGUCCAUUAAUUGUGGAAAUUGUUGUCGAAAAUGAAGAGGAAAAAGUACAAGAGGUUGAGUUUAAACAAUUAAAAUCAUUAGAAUUGGUAUCUCUAAAAAAUCUCACAAGUUUCUCUAGUGUCGAGAAGUGUGACUUAAAAUUCCCACUAUUGGAAAACUUAGUAGUAAGUGAAUGUCCUCAAAUGAAAAAAUUAUCCAAGGUCCAAAGUGUUCCAAACCUACAAAAAGUACACGUUGAAGCAGGAGAAAAAAACAAAUGGUAUUGGGAAGGUGAUUUGAAUGCCACUCUACAAACACAUUUCAAAGAUCAGGUCUAUUUUGAAUAUUCAAAGGAAAUAAAUCUUGUUGAUUAUCCCGAGAGGAAAGUUCAACAUGGAAAAUUUGCUUUUCCAGACAAUUUCUUUGGUUGUUUGAAGAAAUUGGAAUUUGACGAAGCAUGUGAAAGAGAUACUUUGAUUCCCUCUCAUGUACUACCUUACUUGAAGAACUUAGAAGAAUUGAAUGUGCAUGGUUGCAAAUCAGCAAAAUUGAUAUUUGACAUAGAUGAGAGUGAGAUGAUGACGUAUGGAAUAGUGUUUCGUUUGAAAAAGCUUAUUUUAAAGAACUUGUUAAAUUUAAAAUGUGUAUGGAAGGAAACCCCGAGAGGAAUUGUCAGUUUUCCUAAUUUGAACAUUGUUAUUGUUCAUGGUUGUGAAGGGUUGGUAACACUGUUCCCUUCAUCCCUUGCCAGAAAUCUUAAGAAGCUUGAGACACUUUUAAUAUCGGGGUGUGAGAAAUUGGUAGAAAUUGCUGGAAAGGAAGAUGGAAUGGAAACGACAAUAAUGUUUGAAUUUCCUUGUUUAUCCUACCUAAAACUUGUGAAUAUGCCAUUGUUGAGUUGCUUUUAUCCUGGAAAGCAUCAUCUUGAAUGUCCCUUAUUAGAAAUUUUAUUUGUGGCCAAUUGUCCUAAGUUGAAGCUAUUCACAUCAGCUACAGAAGCAGCUACAGAAGCAGCUACAGAAGCUCCAAUUAGCCUGCUACAACAUCCUAUGUUCUCUAUUGAAAUAUUGGCUUCUCACAAACUGAAACGUUUGGCACUUAAUCAGAAAAACUUUACGUUGUUGAGCGACACACGUUUGCCCCAAGACCUUCUUUGGAAGCUAAAUUUUCUUUGGUUGUGCUUUGAGGAUGAUAGCAAUGAGAAAGAUACUCUGCAUUUUGAUUUAUUUCACAAGGUACCCAGCUUAGAAUAUCUUAUAGUACAGAAAUGGUUUGGUCUGAAGGAGAUAUUUCCCUCUCAAAAGCUUCAAGUUCACCACAAUGUACUUGCUGGAUUGAAACAAUUAUUUUUGUUCCAAUUAAGUGAGUUAGAGUGUAUAGGUUUAGAGCACGCGUGGGUACAACCAUACUCCCAAAAGCUUGAAUUGUUAAAGCUUUACGAGUGCCCUCUGGUAGAAAGAAUAGUUUAUGGUGCGGUGUCUUUCAUCAAUCUUAAAGAGUUAUAUGUGGAGCGCUGUGAGAAGAUGGAAUAUUUAUUCACAUUUGCAACACUCAAAAGUUUGGUGAAACUCGAGACUCUAUUCAUAGAAAAUUGUGAAUCAAUCAAAGAAAUUGCAAGAAAUGAAGAGGAAGAUGGCUGUGAUGAGAUGGUAUUUGGACGGCUGAGGUGGAUUUACUUGAUAUGCUUACCGAGGCUAAUAAGCUUUUAUUCAGGAAAUGCCACUUUGCAGUGCCCAUGUCUGGAAUGGGUGGUGGUAGAUGAAUGUCCCAAUAUGAUAACUUUCUCUGAAGGACUCAUAAAACUACCAAUAUUUUCGGGGAUUCAAACAUCGAAACAUCCUGAUUUCACUUUCCACGUCGAUCUCAACACAACUGUCCAAACCUUAUUUCAUGAAAAGGAAUUUUUCAACCAUUCAAAGCAUAUGAUUCUUGAUGAUUAUCUCGAGCUGACGGGAGUUCAGCACAUAAAACCUGCUAUUUCAGAGAAUUUCUUUGGUAGUUUCAAGGAAUUAGAAUUUGAUGCGGCAUGCAAAAGAGCUAUCGUAAUUCCAUUUCAUGUACUCCCUUACUUGAAGAACUUAGAAAAGUUGAAUGUGCAUAGUUCUGAUGCGAUAAAGGUAAUAUUUGACAUUGAUGAGAGUGAGAUCAAGACAGAGGGAAUAAUCUCUAAUUUGAAAAAACUUACUUUAAACAACUUGUCAAAUUUGAAAUGCGUAUGGAAGGAAAAUGUGGGAGGAAUUGUUAGCUUUCCCAAUUUGGAAGAAGUGGUUGUCAAUGGUUGUGGAAGCUUGGUAACCCUGUUGUCUUCAUCCCUUGCCAAAAGUCUUCAAAAGCUUAAGAAACUUCACAUGGAGAUGUGUGAAAGUUUGGUAGAAAUAGUUGGAGAUGAAGAUGAAAGGGAACAGGGAAGGACAUUAACGUUUGAAUUUCCUUGUUUGAUCUUAGUAGAUCUUUGGAAUAUGCCACUGUUGAGUUGCUUUUAUCCUGGAAAACAUUAUCUGGAAUGCCCCAUAUUAGAAGCAUUAUGGGUGGCCUAUUGUCCUAAGUUAAAGUUAUUCACAUCAGAUCUUGAUGACAGUCAUAAAGAUGAAGUUACAGAGGCUCCAAUUACCCCGCUACAACAACCUUUGUUCUUGCUGGAAAAGGUUUCUCCCAAACUGAAACAAUUAUCAGUGAAUGAGAAAAACAUGAUGUUGUUGAGAGAUGGAUGUUUGCCACAUGACCUUCUUUGCCAGCUAAGUCAUCUUUUGUUAUGCUUUGAGGAUUAUGAAAUUCAGAAUGAUACUCUGCCUUUUGAUUUGUUUCACAUGCUACCCAGUUUAGAAUAUCUUCGUUUGCAAAAAUGUUUUGGUCUAAAGGAGAUAUUUUCCUCUCAAAAGUUUCAAGUUGAGGACAAAGUACUUGCUGGAUUGAAAAAAUUAUUUUUGGUCGAAUUAAGUGAGUUAGAGUCUAUAGGUUUAGAGCACACGUGGGCACAACCAUACACCAAAAAGCUUGAAAUGUUAACUCUUUUCACUUGCCCUCGAGUAGAAAACAUAGUUUCUUGUGCAGUGUCAUUCAUCAAUCUUAAAGAGUUGUCUGUGAAGCACUGUGCAAAGAUGGAGUAUUUAUUCACAUUCGCAACACUAAAAAGUUUGGUGAAACUUGAGACUCUAAGCAUAAAGAAGUGUGAAUCAAUCAAAGAGAUCAUAAAAAAGGACGAUGAAGAUGGUUGUGAUGAGAUGGUAUUUGGACGGCUCAGAUCAAUUAAGCUGAAUUCCUUAACAAAGCUCGUAAGCUUUUAUUCAGGGAAUGCCACUCUGCAAUGCUCAUAUUUGAAAAACCUGAUGAUAGUUGAAUGUCCCAAUAUGAUAACUUUCUCUCAAGGAGUCGUUAAAGUGUCAAUGCUUUUGGAGAUUCAACCAUCAAAAGAUUCUGAUUCAACAUUUCAAGGCGAUCUUAACACAACAAUCGAGAUAUUGUUUCACGAACAGGAUUUUUUCAACUACUCAAAGCUUAGGAUUCUUGAUGAUUAUCUUGGGAUGAUGGGAGUUCUACACACAAAACCUACUUUAUCAGACAAUUUUUUUGGCAGUUUUAGGAAGUUGGAAUUUGAUACAACGUGCAAUAGAUCCUUCGUAAUUCCAUAUCAUGUACUUCCUUACUUGAAGAACUUAAAAGAAUUGAAUGUGCAUAGCUCCGAUGCAGUGCAAGUAAUAUUUGACAGUGAUGAGACUGAGGUUGAGACAAAGGGAAUAAUCUUUGGUUUGGAAAAACUUACUUUAAAACACUUGUCAAAUUUAAAAUGUGUAUGGAAGAAAAAACUCAAAGGAAUUGUGAGCUUUUCCAAUUUGGAAGAAGUAAAUGUUGAUGGUUGUGGAAGCCUAGUAACAUUGUUCCCUUUAUCAAUUGCGAAAAAUCUUAAGAAGUUGGAGACAUUUGAUAUAGAGGAGUGUGAGAAGAUGGAAGAAAUAGUUGGAAGGGAAGAUGAAAUGGAACAUGGAACGACAAUAACAUUUGAAUUCCCUUGUCUGUCAUAUCUAAUUCUUGUAAACUUGCCACUGUUGAGUUGUUUUUACUCUGGAAAACAUCAUCUAGAAUGUCCCUUGUUAGAUAAGUUAUAUGUGGGAUAUUGUCCUAAGCUGAAGCUAUUCAGACCAAGCUUUGAUGAUAGUCAUAAAGAUGAAGUUAUAGAGGCUCCAAUUAACCGGCUACAACAACCUUUAUUCUCGAUUGAAAAGGUUUCUCCCACACCAGUGGGAUUGACACUGAAUGAGGAAAACAUUAAGCUUAUGAGUGAUGCACGUUGGCCACAGGACCUUUCUAAAUUAUUCAUUCUUAUACUGUCCUUUGAGGAUGAUAACAAUGGGAAAGAUAGUUUGCCUUUUGAUUUCUUUCACAAGGUACCCAAUUUAUUCAGUCUUGCAGUACAGAAAUGGUUUGGUCUGAAGGAGAUAUUUCCCUCUCAAAAGCUUCAAGUUCACAACAAUGUACUUGCUGGAUUGAAACGAUUAUCUUUGUGGGAAUUAAGUGAGUUAGAGUGUAUAGGUUUAGAGCACACGUGGGUACAACCAUACUCCACAAAGCUUGAAUUGUUAAAGCUUUACGAGUGCCCUCUGGUAGAAAGAAUAGUUUAUGGUGCGGUGUCUUUCAUCAAUCUUAAAGAGUUAUAUGUGGAGCGCUGUGAGAAGAUGGAAUAUUUAUUCACAUUUGCAACACUCAAAAGUUUGGUGAAACUCGAGACUCUAUUCAUAGAAAAUUGUGAAUCAAUCAAAGAGAUCAUAAAAAAGGACGAUGAAGAUGGUUGUGAUGAGAUGGUAUUUGGACGGCUCAGAUCAAUUAAGCUGAAUUCCUUACCAAAGCUAGUAAGCUUUUAUUCAGGGAAUGCCACUCUGCAAUGCUCAUAUUUGAAAACCCUGAUGAUAGCUGAAUGUCCCAAUAUGAUAACUUUCUCUCAAGGAGUCAUUAAAGUGUCAAGGUUUUUGGAGAUUCAGACAUCAAAAGAUUCUGAUUCAACAUUUCACGGCGAUCUUAACACAACGAUUCAAAAAUUGUUUCACAAUCAGGUAAUCCAUCUGUCAUGAUGACAGUAAUGAGCGUUUGGAGUUGUUCUUCCUGUAGCAUUUGGUUAACUGGAUUUCUGAAGUGCAAUAAGAGGUGGAGAGAACAAUGACGAUAACUAUUAUGUAUUAUGAAGAAUUAUGAAGAACUAAAGUUUAUUUUAAGUGUCUUUUUCUUUUCUUUUUGAGUGGUUCAAAUAUGAAUAAGGUGGACCUACAUGGCCUUCUAUUGUGUUCAAUUAAGUUGUAUUGUAUGCUAUGAGUUACUGAAGUUAAAUACUUUGAAGAUUGCACUUGGUGACACUGUCAUUUCUGCCACCAUCCUUUUAAAAGAAUGUGUUUGA